UUGAAGAAAGAGAAGAGGCAAAAAACCUGUAGAAAGAGGAGCCGACUUAAUUUCGUGGAUCAUAAUUGGAGAACAGUUGUUGGGUCCGUAAUUCGAUGGCACCAUUGCAAGAAAUCACAACCCCUCUUUAUAAAUAACCCCUUGUUCUUCCAUCUAUGGGCCGUAGAUAGUAAGGCCACAUAAGAAUCUCCGGUUUUGCUGACUAUAUUCAGCUCAACGACAUUCAUAAAUUCAAGCCUAACUCAAACAAGAUGCAGAUCUUCGUCAAGACCCUUACCGGGAAGACGAUCACGCUCGAGGUUGAGAGCAGUGACACCAUCGACAAUGUCAAGGCCAAGAUUCAGGACAAAGAAGGCAUACCUCCAGACCAGCAGAGGCUAAUAUUUGCUGGUAAACAGUUGGAAGAUGGCAGAACCCUGGCGGAUUACAAUAUCCAAAAAGAAUCCACACUUCACCUCGUCCUGAGACUCAGGGGAGGUACUAUGAUCAAGGUUAAGACCCUUACAGGGAAGGAAAUUGAAAUUGAUAUUGAGCCGACGGACACUAUUGACCGGAUUAAGGAAAGGGUUGAGGAGAAAGAGGGUAUUCCUCCGGUGCAGCAAAGGCUUAUUUAUGCUGGCAAGCAGCUUGCAGAUGACAAAACUGCAAAAGACUACAACAUUGAGGGUGGCUCUGUUCUUCACCUGGUCCUCGCUCUGAGGGGCGGCUGUCUUUAGACAGCUACUUAUGCCUGAAAUUUGCAAUAAACUACUUGAACUUGAUGUACUCAAUGGAAAACCAGAAAAUUUGUGCUGAGGACCAGCUUAUGAAUGAAUUCUGGGCAUGACAUUAGAUGUCCUAAAUACUUCCUCCUGAUUUAUGUUC